UCAAACAAACAAGUGGUGGCUGCGGAAGUGAAGGGGGAAAGCACGUUGCAGCAUUUAUGGUUUCACACAAAUCCAAGUCCCUCCAUUGCCUUUUAAAUAUCACCAAACAAAUGGACCCUCUUAAAUCUCUCCUCCUCACUUUCUUCAUCUUCUUUGUCUGUCCUUUGCAGUAGUUACAGCUAUGGCAGCUGCUGUUGCUAAUCUUUUUUGGAUAUUGAUUGGCGUUUGUUUUGUGGUGGCGGCCUCGGCGCAGCCUCUGCAGAAGCCAUUCAUCGUCAAUGGUUGCGUCUACUGUGACACUUGUCGCUGUGGCUUCGAGACCAACGCCUCCACUCCCAUUUCUGGUGCAAUAGUGAGGCUUGAAUGCCGAGACAGAGACAAAUGGGUGUUGAAGUUCAGCAAAAAAGCCAUCACCAAUUCUGAAGGAAAAUACACCAUUCCUGUCUCUUACGAUCACAAGGAUGAGAGCUGCAAGAUGGUUCUUGUGAGCAGCCCUCAUCCCACCUGCAACCAGCCCGACCUCGGCCGAAACAGCGCCACCGUCAUCCUCACCAACAACAAUGGCCUCACCAACAAUGUUCGCUAUGCCAAUGCCAUGGGCUUCUUUACUCAACGCCCUCUCGCUCUCUGCCCCUCCCUCCUCAAACAAUAUCUCGACUACGACGAGUCGUUGUAAGACGUCUGUUACCAUUUCUGUCUCGUGUCGAUCUACAUAAUAUGAUAGAAAUAGAAAUCUGAAAAAUAAAAAUGGUUAUAAUUUGGACUUGUGAUUUAGUUGAUUGGAUGUUGUUUAGAGUUCAUGUUGUUUUUCAUUGCCUUGGACAAUGGAUGAUGUUCUUUAACCGCUUGUUGAUUGGCAUUUCCUUGACAGCAAUAGUACGUAUUUCAAAAA